AAAGUGACGUGUACUGUUGUUGUUAUGUAGUGGAAAGAACUCCUCCUUAAAAAAAAAUUGUCCCACACAAAAAUCUUUUUUUUUUUUUUCCUUGUCUUUGUUUUAAAUAAGAUAUGUCUACAACUACUCCGCAACCUGUUUCUUCUUCCAGUGAUAGAAGACCUGUACCUGUUAAACUCGUCUUAUUAGGUGAAUCAGCGGUUGGUAAAUCAAGUCUUGUUAUUCGUUUUGUCAAUCGUGAAUAUACCGAAAAUAGAGAACCCACUAUUGGUGCUGCGUUUUUAACACAAAAGUGUACGGUGGAUGAUCGUACAGUAAAGUUUGAGAUUUGGGAUACAGCAGGACAAGAGCGUUUCCACUCGUUAGCUCCGAUGUAUUAUCGAAAUGCACAGGCAGCCAUUGUGAUGUAUGAUAUCACCAAAGCCUCUACAUUGGAUAAAGCCAAAGGUUGGGUCAAGGAGUUACAACGCCAAGCUAAUUCUCAAAUCGUCAUUGCACUUGUUGGAAACAAGUUAGAUUUGUGUGAGAUAGGUGAAGAGGAUGAGGAAAAUGAUGAAUCUGGAGGAAGACAGGUGAGUCAAGAGGAGGCCUCUGCUUAUGCAUCGGAGGCAGGUCUCUUGUUUUUUGAGACAAGUGCAAGAACAGCAACCAAUGUGGAUGAUGUAUUUACUGAGAUUGCUAAAAAUAUUCCUCACGACUAUCUUGCAAAUAAUAAAAAUGGAUCACGAGUUGCUGGAGGAAAUGGAAAUAAUGCAAGACUUGAUCUUUUACGUGAAGCAGGUGCAAAUGGCAAAAGUACAAGUAGUUGUGCAUGUUAAAAAAGUUAAAAACGUCAUUUUUUUUUUUUGUUUAAAAAAAAAAAAUAAUAUAUAUAAUUUGAAAAUAGCAUAAUUAAAUCCAUGCAAAAAAAG